CAAAACGACACCAAAACUCACAAAACGCACCUUUCCCCUUUUCAAGUUUCAACUCUCUUCUUCUUCUUCUUCUUCUUCUUCACAAUCACUUUCAUCAAACUAUAACACCACAAUUCAAAAAUUAGGGUUCGUUAAUUCAAUAAUCAAUUUCAACCAAAACUCUCUGUAAUGUUAUGUCUUCUUCUACUUCAUCUUCUUCAGUACCUCAUUACAGUUCUCUCCCUUCACCUUCAAAUUCCACAACACCAUACUUCAUCUCACGUGCCACCGCAACAACACAAUCAAUAUCCGUCACGCGCCGUCCAUGGGAGGAAGUUUUCGCACUCUACUCAUUCACGCGUCCUUAUUCUCUCGGCGAAGCCAAUUUACGCGUGAAACGUAAUCUCAAUCACUUCCGCGUAAACUACAUCAUGAUCAUUCUCUUCAUCUUGUUCCUCAGUCUCCUAUGGCAUCCUUUAUCAAUAAUCGUCUUCUUGAUGAUGAUCAUAGUUUGGUUUUUCAUCUAUUUCUUCCGUGACGAACCGAUUGUUCUGUUUGGUCGUGUUAUUGAUGAUAGAGUUUCUGCGGCGGUGCUUGCGGUGGUGACUGUGGUGGCUUUAGGGUUUAGUGGUGUUUGGGUGAAUACUUUGGUUUCUGUUAUGGUUGGUGUUGUUGUUGUUGUGUUGCAUGGUGCGUUUAGGAGUACUGAUGAUUUGUAUGUGGAUGAACAUGAAGGGUAUGAUGGAGGGUUGCUUAAUUCGUUUGUUGGGGGUACCCCUACAAAACGUGCUACAGGGUAUACCUUAAUAUAACUGCAUGAUGCAGACUCAAAGGGAAAUCUCAUUGGUUCUUAUUCAUUUUGUGUCUCAUUUUGGUUACAUACAUUCUUUUUUAUGAAAAUAUAUACAUUUAAUUUGCUCAAGGGAAAUUGAAUUGUUAAGUAUUCAUAAUUCUUGAUAGGGUUUAUAUUUUUUCAUGUACAUUUUGUUUUUCUUCUUCUUUAUACUUGUUUGCUAGAAUAGGUUCGAUUUUGUGUAUUUUGAGUUUCAAUUUUAUUUAUCUUUGAAAGUUUGAUUUUCAUGUUCUUUUUAUUUUUUUGUUGAAAGGGGAAAUGUAAUUAUGUAGGUUGGUAGGUUUUGGUUGCAAAGAGGAGUAUGAUUGAUUUUGGCUUUGUGCUUAGUUGUCUAAUUAAUUUUAGAAGUUUUUUAUUUA